GAGCGGGGAAGAAGAGGGAAGGAACGGAAGAAGAAACAGAGAAGAAAGGAAGGAGGGGGGGAAAGGAAGCAAGAAAGAGAAAAUGAAAAUAGUAAGAGGAAAAAAGGGAAGGAGGGGAGGGAAAGCGAAAGGACAAUCGGAAGGGGAGGAAAUUAAUGAAAAGUAGUGAAUAAAGAAUCAACUAUUAGUAAGCAGACACAAAGGAGUUGUGAAAGAAGCUGAGAAGAGCGAGAGAGAGAGAGAGCGAGAGAAAACUAGGAGAGGAGGAGGCAAAGUUUGAAAACAAAGAGAAUGCAAAAUGGAAGGAUGCUGGAAUCCGGUUCCCAUGGCAACAGAUGCAGUUGCCAAGCGGAGGGAGAAAGGUGGAGCAUCCUCAGGGCUGCCUGGGCAAGAAAGCCGCUCUUCCUCUCGUCCUCUCUUCCCACCUUCUUCCCUCAUGGCCUGGUUUUAUCCCUGGCUUCUGCUCUUGAUGCUCAGUGUCUCUUUUGGUCUGGACUGCCAGAGCGGAAGCAAAGAGUCCACGGCUCCUCGGGAUCAAGAUGGACAAAAAACGCCGGCCCCAAUCUGCCCACAGAGUGGAGGAGGAGGACUUGACCACCGCCGUAGAGCACAGUUCGGAGCAGGUCAUUAAUCCCCCGCGGAAGAAGAAGAAGAAGCGCUCCCGGAAACGGAGGCGCCGGCUCAAAAAGCCUUGCGCUCUCCGAUGGCAGCCGGCCAGCCCACAGCUCCAAGUGCGAGGCCGCAAGUGUGCCGUGCAAGCCUUCAUUUACAAGAGGUUGCCGCUGCAAGGCCAAGUGACCAAACUGAAGAAUUGCUACCGUAGCUGGAAAGCUGCAAGGACACUUCCAAAGGCAGCUGACUUGGGCCAGUCCCAUACUUCUCUUGUGACGACGGAUGGGAAGAAAUUGCCCAGAAAAGAGAAAGGAGAGCAUUCUGCUAAACCCAGUGUUAGCAAUUUACGAGAAAACCAAAGAAGACUGCAAAAGAACGUUCCCGUAGAGAAGAAGGGAUACCAGACACUUUCGGAAUACAAGUUCAUAUGCCCAGGAAAUGCCAUCUUCCAGUGCACCAGGCAAAGCGUGAAGCAACAGCUGCGCUCCAUCUAUAUGGGGAACACAAGCCAGAAGGUGGCCCGGUCCAGGCACCCGUCCAUCCGGAUCCCUCGCUCCCAAUGGGGAAUCAACAACCCUCAAAGGAGAAAUCCCACCGCGGAGGCCAAAUGCCCUGUUGGGAGCGACUUUCCGAGAAACACGAACUCACGUGGCAUCCCACUUGGCGUGUCAAGCCUGACGUAUCGAAUCAAUAAGCUGCUCCUCACCGGCCCAGAAGGCACGGCCGUGAACCGCUACGCUACCCACCAACGGCAACAGCCAGCUCAUGAAAAAGCAACGCCGGAGGAAGAAUGCUUCGAAGAACUGAGCAGAAGCCCAAGGCAAGGAGAAGACGAAAACUGGCGCCUCGAUCCGGGUUACAACUUGGAAUCUAGAACCGCUACGAAAGCCCGUUCCCAAAAACCAACCAGGCUGAGGCCCGUGUCGGCAAAAGAGAGCUACAGGAAUGCUUGGCACCAUCUCUUUGGUGGCGAGGAGGAUCAAGGCAAAGAGGAUCCGGAGAAAAGAGAUGAGGAGGAAAACACGCCCAAGUUGAGUGCAAACAGCAAGGCUGCUAUUGUUCAAACCCGGAGUGCCAUCGUUGUUCCGACCAUCGCUCCGUACACUUCCGAAGAAAGCUUGGCAUCAGAAGGGCCUUCCUGCAACGCCGCUGACCCGUUCCACGCCAAUACGAAAGAGCAUGGGCUUUUCCACACUGAUUUUGCUCAAUCAAAACCGGGAGAGAUGUCGACGGGGAGUCUUUCGCCAGAAAGGAGAAUGGUAAAUGAUUUCACGGUCCUCCGGAGCAGAAGGUUUGAGGCCCUGGGUAUGGAUGCGUGGUAGGACCCCCGUCCGGAAGUCCCACUUUCGGCACCAAACAAGACCAUCGUCAGGACUUUAUCCUCAGCAGGGACAUUGGACAGCUCGGUUGAGCAGUUUAUUUUGAAGAGCAAACAAUGUUUUGAGAAUUGA